AUGAGUACUAGUACUACAGCAAAAACUGAAGAAGACAAGUGUUUAACUUGUGGCAAACAAUCUAAUUUCCAUUGUCCCAAUUGUGAAAAGCUUAGCUUGCCAGUAGCAAACUUUUGUUCACAAGAAUGUUUCAAAUCAUUAUGGCAUUUACAUAAAAUCGUACAUUAUUCCGACGUAGAACGUAAACAAGCAGGAAAUGAAUUCAAGGGAUACAACUUUACAGGUAAACUUAGACCAUUCAAGGUGACACCACAAAGAAAGGCACCUGAAGGCACCCUUUUACCAGACUAUGCAAUCGAUUCUAUUCCACAUAGUGAAAGAAAAGCCGAUCGUAAAAAGACUCCCAUCGUAGUACAUACUCCUGAAGAAAUUGAAUCUAUGCGUGAAGCUUGUAGAAUUGGUAGAGAAGCAUUAGAUAUUGCAGGAAAUGUAGCAAAGAUUGGAAUGACAACCGAGGAAAUUGAUAUUAUUGUACAUAAUGCAAUCAUUGAACGUGGUGGAUACCCAUCUCCUCUCAACUAUCUUGGUUUCCCAAAAUCGUGUUGUACAUCGGUCAAUGAAACCAUUUGUCAUGGUAUUCCUGAUCUCCGUCCACUUCAAGACGGUGACAUCCUCAAUGUAGACGUCAGUGUCUAUUACAAGGGUUUCCACUCUGAUCUCAAUGAAACCUUUUUAAUAGGUAAUGUUGAUGAAGCCGGUCAAACUCUUGUCCGUGUUGCCUAUGAAUGUUUAGAGAAAGCAAUUGCCAUCUGUAAACCAGGUGUAAUGUAUAGAGAACUCGGUGAUGUCAUUCAAAAGCAUGCUUCUGCUCACAACCUCUCUGUCGUUAGAAACUUUUGUGGUCAUGGUGUUGGUAGACUUUUCCAUUGUAAUCCAACUGUUCCUCAUUAUGCUAAUAACAAAGCAGUUGGAACAAUGAAAGCAGGACAUAUCUUUACAAUUGAACCAAUGAUUAAUGAAGGUUCAUGGAAAGAUACCAUUUGGCCAGAUGAUUGGACUGCCGUCACUAUGGACGGUAAGAGAUCUGCACAAUUUGAACAAACUUUGUUGAUCACUGAAACAGGUGUUGAAAUCCUUACAAAAAGAAAUUCUGGCUCUUAUAUUGAUAGAUUAAAGAAAGAAUAA